ACCCAGACCCAUCUCUUAGACUCGAAUCUGUGGACAUUAAUUUUCUCUCAGUUAUGCCUUUUUUAUAUUCCUUCUAAAUUUUCUUUCUUUACCUCUUUUGAUUUUGCCGGACUCCAACUCAAGCUUUACUUUCCAUUCUCCCUUUCAUACACGGAAGUACCCCUUGUUUCUUUUAAAUCAGAGCCCUUGAUUGGGCCUAUAAAUCAAAGCCACACACAAAACUUAGGGUUGUUAGCGUGUAGCCUUAUUAAUCUCAAAGCUGUUUCUUCAUAUAUCUAUUUGUAUAUAUAUACAUAUAGAGCUAAAAAAAACAAAUUACCUGUUUCGUGGUCUCGAUUUUUCCUUCUGCUUUGUCUUCUCGUAACGAAAUCUGGCUAAAGAGAGGCCAGGAUCUCCUAUAUAUGUUAAGCGUAAAGUUUGCCUAGUCGCAAAAGAUCUUUUUUCACUCUGGCCGCUGCAGUAAAGUCGAACACUUCUCGCACCUCUGAGCAGGUGUGGGGUGAUAACGGGGGGCUAAUAUUACUUUGUGUUUUAAGAAGAUCAAGGUCCUCGCAUAUUUGGAAAUUGUGCCGUGUUUCAGAGGGUUUGUCGCUUGAUUAUGGCUAAGGUCACCUUUGGUUAAGUCCGUAGAAGUUUGAUGGAUGGUAGGUUAUCCAUAGCUUAGUGUGACACAAAAAGAAGAUCUUCUGUGAAUGUAGCUGUGGUCACAAUUUCCAGAAUGGUUAGGUUUCCUUGCUUCAGUGGUAUUGUUUAUUGCCCAAAAGGAAAGAAAGCAGUUCAGCCAUCAGUUGAAGCAAUGCAAUCAAGUUUGCAAGAAUUUUCUGAAAUUCGGGGCAUGAGAGGAGUUACUCAAAUUAAUGGUGAUGAGAGACAUGUUUCAAGUUCUUCCUUUAUCGGACGUGGCUGGAAAUCAGAGGAAAUAAAGAGCAAAUUCAGUUUGGAGAUGGAUAUGCGGUCCACUGAGUUGGGGCAUCUGAAAAAGAGUCAGUCUCUAGGAAGUCGACUGUGGUGGGAAGGGAGAAGUCCUGGUGACUAUGAUACUGAGUUGGAGACUGAUCGAGGAUUCUCUUCUGAUUCCCCUGACCAGAAUGGUUCGGUAAUUCAAAAUGGCUGCAAUAAUGCAGUAGUAAGCCCACCCAAUAAGUAUCAGAAAGCUUCACAAUCAGAGUCUGUUCAAGUUGGCUCUGAUUAUGUUAAUAUGGAAUCAAUGUUCUCAAUCAGAGAUCCUGAGAAUCCAGAAAAGGGAGGCCAUACAAAUUCUGAUGCUCCAAUAUCUGGUCCUGAGGACUAUGCUGAUGAAUAUGUUGAACCUAUCUCUUGUAUUCGAACAAAUGGAAAAUCACAAUCUUCAACCAAUAUUUGUGGUUUUAUGUGUUCUUCUGGGGUGUGCUAUUCUCUUAAACCAUUAUCUCCUAAUUCUAGAUCUGCUGGUGAUCUACAAGGUCUGGACAUGAGGUGGAAGGAUAUGUCAGUUCAUGAUGUAGACACAGAGGUUAGGCAAAAGCAAGAAAGAGGAGAUGACAUAUGUAAAACUGUGGAAAACCACUUUGAUGCCCCUGGUGAAGACUGUUUUGAUUCCUGUAGUUAUUCUGCUGCAGCUAAGGACUGGAUAAUACCUGAUGAGGUGAACUCAGUAAAAAACCUUCAUGGAGAAUCCUCAGCUCAGAAGAUGGAUAAUUUGCCAAGCAAGGAUUUUAAGAUUAGGCGGAUUGAGGAAUGGGUUAAUGAUCUUCAACAUUGCAGUCUGAGCAGCCCAUUGGAAGAAACAAAUGAUUUAUCUCUUUCUAACAGUCAGGUGAAGAAUGAUCAUGAUGUCUUGAAUGGUUUGAAUUUUUCUAAUGUUGAUGGUAAGGUUACUCCUGGCAUGGAAGCUGCCAAAAGGUAUAUUGCUUCCUUGAAUGGCUCAGCAACUGCAGCUCAGCUGUCAAAUCAUGGGUUGGUUGCGAUCCCAUUUCUUAGUGCCUUUGUCAGCCUGAAAGUGCUUAAUCUUUCAGGAAACGCCAUAGUGAGGAUCACUGCAGGUGCACUUCCUCGGGGACUUCAUAUGUUGAAUUUGUCAAAAAAUAAUAUCUCCACAAUAGAGGGCUUACGUGAGCUUACCCGCCUUCGUGUUCUUGACCUGAGCUAUAAUAGAAUUUUUAGAAUUGGACAUGGUUUGGCAUCAUGUUCCUCUCUGAAAGAGUUAUACUUGGCUGGAAAUAAAAUUAGCGAGGUUGAGGGUCUUCACCGCCUCUUGAAAUUGACUGUGCUGGAUCUGCGUUUCAACAAAAUUUCUACAACCAAAUGCCUUGGUCAACUUGCAUCCAACUACAAUUCCUUGCAGGCUAUCAGCUUAGAAGGAAACCCAGCUCAGAAGAAUGUCGGUGAUGAACACCUAAAGAAAUACCUACAAAGCCUUCUUCCAAACAUAGUUUACCUCAAUAGGCAGCCUAUGAAAGCAAACACUUUGAAAGAUACUGCUGAUCGAGCAGUUCGGUUGGGUAUCAGUGCCCAUCAGUUUGAUCGAGGCCUUAGAUCAGAUAACAAAGCUACUAGGAAGAGUAGUCAUGGUUCAGGUGUUCAUCGGCCAUCAUCUUCAACUCAUGGCCGGAAAAAUCAGACUGUGGUUUCACCACCAAAACGACCAAGAGGUAGACAUGUGCGCCUGCCACCAACUGGAACUAAAGCAACAACCAGUCAUCGACAGAAUUAUCUUGAUCUUAGUAGCAAACUAUUAAACCCUAAAUCAGAAAAUCUUAUCCGCAAGAGUCGAAGUGAAGGAACUCUAGGAGGUGGCCUCUGAGAUGUUUUUAUUUUAUUUUAUUUUUUGUGCUGUAAACAAUCUGGUUAGUAGAUUUUAAAUUUUCCUUGUGUGGUUGUCAUAAGAGGAUUUUCAAAGUUUUAAAAUCCCUUUUGGAUCUUACUGGGAGUCAGUUGUCAUUAUAAAAGAGUUCGUGAAAUUUUGUCAA